UAGUAACUAGUCCAAGGUCACACAGGUAGUAAAGAUCAGAAUCAAGAUUUUAACUUGGUCUUGUCACUUUAUGUUUGGCAUUUUCCACUGUACCACAGAGCAGAAAGAGAGUUCUCUGCUGAAAUUCUGGCAUUGGUCCCUACAACUGCCAAGAUAAAUAGCCCUUGCCCAUCCGCUCUCUUAUUUCUCACCAAGAGGUUUCUUUUUAAGCUCCUUUGAAUCUACUGGAUAGGUACUUCUUUUUUUUUAAACCCUUAUCUUCCUUCUUGGAGUCAAUACUGUGUGUUGGUUCCAAGGCAGAAGAGUGGUAAGGGCUAGGCAAUGGGGGUCAAGUGACUUGCCCAGGGUCACAAAACUAGGGAGUGUCUGAGGCCAUAUUUGAACCCAGGACUUCCCAUCUCUGGACCUGGCUCUCAAUCCCCUGAGUCACCCAGCUGCCCCCUUGGAUAGGUACUUCUUAAAACACCCCCUCCACACAUACACACCAGCUGUCUAAAGGACAGAGGAUGAGUGAUGAGUUUGGAAACCUUCUUGGACAGCCCCAUGUUUUGUUUAGUCAGUGUAUUUCAGAACUGCUGCUCAUUUUAAUAAUCAAUAAUAAGGGAAAUCAGAGGCUAGAGGUACUGGGUCAUUUGUUCAGCCCAACCCCAGGAACAAGGCUGUUCCCCAGAAUUCCAGCACAGGAGGAAGGCCCUCUCCCUAGGCAGGAGGGAGAGAAAUGGGCUGGCGGCAUGAGUGCUAUUGCAUUCAUGGAGAACCACUGAGCUAGAAGUCGAUACACACAGAGAAAAGAUCCUUUCCCUAGAAUCUUCAUUUCUUGCUCUCCUCUCCCCCUAAGCUGCCACCACCCCCUUCAUGGCUCACACACAUGCACACACACAGAUGGAGGGGGUGAGGAGGCACCGGUGCCCCAGGAAUGAAGCAGCAGAGAUGGAGAGAAAGAGAGAGGGAAAGCGACUUGGGUUCUGGGAGGGUAUUUCCCCAGUGAGGCAGAAGCAGGAGAGAGUUAUUGCCUGGGGUUGCUCCUUUGGGGAAAGGGGAAUUAGAAUAAGAAAAGGAAAACCCCAGAGGAGGGAAUGGGUGGAAGGAGAGGAGUGGAGAAGAGGUUGUGGAGGGAGGACAGGUGGAAGAGGGAAAUGCUGGCGUGGCUCUGCUGAGCCACAUCCACCCACGCAGCAGCCUCCUUUUACUGCCUUCCUUCAAAGAGGGAGACACCACCACAGGGAGAGCCCAUCCCUUCCUGAGCUCCAGAGCUUCUGCCUGCCUGUGCCUUCAGUGCUCCAACAGAGAAAGCAGCAAAGUUGGCCACAAACUUGGUUUUCCCUGCCUGGACUGUUCCACUCGGCAGUAGCAGAUUUCUCUAGCACAAGAAGCAUUUGCUUCCAGCAAAGAGGACGACGGUGAGAACAGUGAGAGACCUGGAGACAGAAAGAUGGCUUUCUGAAGCAGCUGCCUCUCUCCUUUCAUCCUCACCCACCAGAAAGUGCCUUGGUGCCUGGGCUGGGGCUGUCUGUACUGUAGGGCUACUUGGCCAUCCCCCUAACAAUUUCUCCACUGGUCGCCCCAGGUCAGGGAUGGCAGUCUGACAGUCCCUCCAGUUUCUCUUUCGCCUUGGUGCCACCUGCCACGGAAUAAGGAGCUGGUCCAUCCAGGGAGCCAGGCAGCCAUGGAAAAUAACACUGAGACACAGUUUCCAAAGACUUUGGAGCCCAGCAUCGCCUUACCCCUGGACUUACAGGAGACAGAAAAACUCCUUAACAAGACUGAGGACAAAGAUGACAAGGCUAUGAAGGCAUCCAAGUCUUUCUCAGGUGCCAUGGAAAUGGAGCAGAAUGGUCACAGCCUACCAUACAAGUCAGUGUCUGAGGGGCACCUGGAGGCUGCCCCUCACUCCCCUUCCAGGGUCAGCUCACGUCGGGCAUCCUCCAUUGCUACCACCUCCAAUGUCCAAGACCAAGAGAUGCCAAAGGAUUACCUCAUCUUGGCCAUCCUCACCUGUUUCUGUCCUGUAUGGCCCUUGAAUAUAGUGCCACUGGUCUUUUCUAUCAUGUCAAGAGGGAGUGUCCAGCAGGGAGACCUGGAUGGGGCCAGGAGGCUGGGCCGCCUGGCAAGGCUGCUCAGCAUUGUCUGCAUCAUCCUAGGAAUCCUCAUCGUGGUCAUCUAUGUGUCUGUCAACUAUACAGUGUGGAAGCAGAAUUAGCUGGAGAAUUUCUGAAAAGAGGUGGUAAUGUGUACUCAGGUACCACCUUGACUGUACUCCCCAGGAAAGUGAGUGCCCUUAGCCACUCCUCGAACUUCUGCACCAUCCAUCCGGGGGAGGGCAUGCAGUUAUUCCCCAAGUCUUCCAGCGGUGAUGCUACACCCCCUAAACUACACACUCAAACACAGACUGUUGAAAGGGCUUGGAUUUCAAGGAGAAACAACAAUGACAACUUGCAGUGAUCAUUUCAUCCUGGACCCACUGGGAAAUGACAAGAAGGACUUUUUGGGAAAGGAGAGGAAGGACAUUUAUUUUCAAAACUGAAAAAAAAAAGUGAGCUAUUUCACAGAAAUUUCCCAACUUUUUUUUUGCUCAAAUCACUGGGUUUUUGUUUGUUUGCCUUUUAAUCAGCCAGUAACAUAACUCAACCAACAAGCUUAAACUGCCAGACUGAGAAGAAAUACUCUUCCGAAGUCAGGAAGGUCAGAGAAAUGAAAGCCAGGGAGAGCAGCACAAAGCUUUUGUGGAUGUGGACAUAGACCUGAACUUGAACCUGAGAAGCACAGGAGGCAAGGAGAGGGACUUUGUUUUUUGUAUUUUUGAAAAAAAAAAAAGACCAUUUGCAUGCAAUAUUCCACCACCUCUCCAGCCCCAGUCCCUGUUACCCAUUCAUUCCUCCAAACUCAGCACCAGAGAGUUCAGAGAAGCUGGCAAGGAUGGGGCUGACACAAGCAGGGUAGAUUCCCAGGGCAGCCAAAAAAUCCUCUGCAGCCAACUUCCAGCAACAGGGGAAACUUUCCUAUAAGACUAAUGCCAAUUUCUCCAUCCCCAAAGCCAAGGGUACAGUGUGAAGAAUUGAGAGAAUUUAGGGUUUAUUAGAGAACAAAGUGGCCUUGAAAUUCACAUCCAGACACCAUUCAAUUUGAAAACAUUCUAUUUUCAGUGGACUUGAGGACAAUUUAACUUGAAAAGGGAAGCUGUGAUCGGUGAUCCAAAGAAUCUGUGAGGGACACAUUCAUCCCAGUACUUCUAUUCUCUAUUUCCUGGACAAGCACUAACCAGUGUGAGGUAGCACAGGAAAAUAUAUUCUCCCUAUCCCCAAACCAAAGGAGGAACCUAGAGUAAUGAAGGAUGACACAUUUUUUUAAAAGUCAAUUGCUGAAUUUCCUCUAGGCUUAUCCUGAUUUAUUUUCAGCACUGCGUAUGGACUCAUCAAUCAGCAUUUAUUAAACACCUUUGGUGUGCCAGGAACUACACUAAGUACUGGGAAUUCAAAGACCAAAAGGAAAUAUUUUCUGCCUUCAAGGAGUUUAUAUUCCAUGGAGAGGAGAUAACAUAUAGACAUAAAAAAACCCCACAAAAUUCAAGAAGAGAGAAAUGAACUGGACCAGUUAUUUCAUUUGGCAUAGGAAGCUCCUAGUGGGGAAUUCCCAGGACCAAUGGAUAAUUGUGGGAACAAUAUAUCUUCUUCAUGUUUUGGAGCUUAAGAUUAUUCCCCUUUCUGGGGGAAUAAAAUAAUUUCUUCCAGGUCUGUGAAUUGUUUUUACUGUUCAACAUAGUAUCAUAGUUUUAGAGCUGGAAGAGACCAUAGAAGUUAUUUAAUUCAACUCCCUAAUUUUACCAAGAAGGAAACUGAGGGUUAGUGAAGAGAAGUAAUUUGUCUAAACUCAUGCAGGCAAUAAUUACUAGGUCCCCUGACUCCAGAUUCAGUAUUCUCUGGCUAGUCUUUCAUAUUUAUUUUUCUUGUUGUUUUUUUUUUUGUCUGAGGUUUGGCUAACCCUCCAGGUUUCUCUGGGGGCAGCUCCUAAUUAGUCAGGGAAAGAGGUCCUUAUCAUCUCAAGACAGAGUUGAGGGAGCUAGCUACUGUGUGACCUCCUCUGUAUAAAACAAGGUAUGAAGAGAACGGAGCACCGUUUUCAAGGGCAAUCAACAAGGGAACUGCUAAUCAGUGAAUUCUUCAUGUUCAGGGAAGUUCAAGUAAGCAGGUAUGGGCUUACAUCAGCCCAUAAACAGAAGACAUUAUGUUUUCACAGAAUGUGGAAUGAGCUAGAGUGGACCAUGACUUGUAGUCCUCCAAGACUGUUGAUAUCAACAUCAAUGGAUAUUCCCAGGAGAAGGGAAAGUCAGUUAGCAAUGCCUCCCACCAAAAUCAGUCCAUCUGCCUUUCCAUUUCUAUACUCUACACUUUUUGGUGACCCAAAAUGAGCCAUCAGAAGGAAGAUGCAUCCUUGAGUUCCCACUUGUGAAGCUCUUUUCAUUCUAUGAGAGGAAGGAAGACUUUGUUCCUGGUUGAAAGAAUCUCAGGUAUCUAGAAGCAGAUGGGAGAAGCCCUAAAGAAGGGCCCUGAAAUCCCACAGUAGGAAAUCUGCUUGCUCUGCCUAGACAUGAGACUCUGCUUCAAGGGUGGCUGAUGCUCUCAACAUGUUGAUUUUAUGGGAUAAAUAAAGUAGAUCCUUUCUUCUGGAUUCCAAUUUUGAGUGAGCCCAAGGCCUCUAUAUACCUGGACUUUGAGGCUCUCUUCUUCUGGUCUUUCUAGACCUCCCUUAGGCAUUUACCUAAAAUGGGGAAUUGAAGGAGUUCUCUACAACAAGGUUCAGUCAUUUUUCAAUCAUAUCUGAGACUUUUUAUGUGACCCUGGGCAAGUCACUUAACCCUGUUUACCUCAGUUUCCUCAUCUGUCAAAGGAGCUGGAGAAGGAAAUAGCAAACCACUCUAGUAUCUUUGCCAAGAAAACUCCAAAUGGGAUCAUUAAGAGUCAGACAUGACUGAAAUGACUGAAUAACAAUAGAAGUGAGAAGAAGGAUGUGGACCUGGAGGCAGGAGAAAGAAAGAAGAAGCAGUGGAUUGGGUUUUGAGGGCAAAGAGAGAAAUUCUUGUGAGGAAGCAGUGUGGGACAGUGGAAGGCAUAUAGGAUCUGGAGCCAGAAGUGCUGAGUACAGAUCAUACCUCAGACACUUACUACAUAUGGAACCUUGGGCAAGUCCCUCCCUUCUCUGGGCCUUAGUUACCUUACCUGUAAAAUGAGGAAGUUCACCUAAAUGUCCUCCCAGGUAUCUUCUGGUCCUGAGUUGAUGGUCCUAUGACCAGAUGGUCUCUCAGGUUCCUUCCAGCUCUAAAUCCUGUGACUAGGAUAGUCACAUUAGGAUAAGCCUACUGUUUUUAGAGAUCAAUGAAUAGAAAGAAGUUCAUGAGAAAAGGCUAAAAGGAAUUUUAAAAAAUUAUUUAUUUAAUUUAGAAUAUUUUUCUAUGAUUACAUGAUUCAUAUUCUUUCCCUCCCCUCCUCACUAACCCUUCCUAUAGUCAAUAAGCAAUUCCACUGGGUUUUACAUGUAUCAUUGAUCAAGACCUACUUCCAUGUUAUUAAUAUUUGCACUAGAGUGAUCAUUUAGAGUCUACAUCCCCAAUCAUAUCCCCAUCAAACCAUGUGAUUAAGGAAAUGUUUUUCUUCUGUGUUUCUACUCCCACAGUUCUUUCUUUGGAUGUGGAUAGUGUUCUUUUCAUAAGUCCCUCAGAAUUAUCCUGGAUACUUGCAUUACUGCUAGUAGCAAAGUCAGUUACAUUCGAUUGUGCCACAGUGUAACUGUCUCUGUGUAUAAUGUUCUCCUGGUUCAGCUCCUUUUACUCUGCAUCAAUUCCUGGAGGUCAUAUCAUUUCACAUGGAAUUCCUCCAGUUCAUUAUUCCUAGAAGGAAUUUUUUUCAUUAUUGUUAAGAACAAAGUCUUAGACCAAUGGAAAUCCCAGAAUCAUAUAUUUUAUGAGCUGAAAAUGGGCCCUAGAGAGUCCUUGGUUCUAACCGCUGCCUCUGGGUAGGAUGGCAGCUGAUCCAUCAGGGGAGGAUGAGUAGGAAAUGUGAGAAAUGAAUAUUUCUAUCUUUGAAGGGUUUGGACACAUUCAGUUCACCUGGGAGAAGAUGGAAAGUACCUCCUACCCAUGUACCUGUCCAUCUGCCUACCCACACAGAAUCUAGGUCAACUUACAAUUCAAGCAGCCAUGAUUCUGAUGGAAGGCAAUGGAAAGUGAGAAAGGAGGGAAGAGAGCAACAGACAUCACAAGCUCUUAGAUGGGAAGGAAGGAAACUCAGGACUGGGUUGGUCCAAACCCUUCAUUUCACAGAUGGGGGUUACAUAGAUAGGGAAGUGUCAGAGGCUCUGGGUUACAUCCAGAUUGUUUGGCUUUGGAGCCAGGACUUAUUCCUAGGAUGACACAAUGACCCAGGCAAACUCCAGGCAGGAAGACCCCAAGCUAGGGGUAGGUUAUGACUUUCCUGGCAAAGGUCUGUCAGGUGAAAUCACCUCUAGUUAAUCCACAACUGCCUUGAUUUGCCCCAGGCCUCUCUGGUGAGGGCCUUUGGGCAAAGAAGUGAGUCAGUUUGAGAAAUUGCUCUGGGCCUGGGGUAGGACUUCUUUCCAAGAAACCAAAUGAAUGCUUGGGUUUCCUUCAUUCAGAAUCCCCAUUGAUCAUCUUGACAAACCAGUGGCUUGACCGAAGUACCCAAGAUUCAUCCUUAUGAUUUGUAUGUGGAGUGAAGGGUGAGGGUGGAAGGACACUGGGUUCCUCUGCUCAUUCUCUUCUCCUACAAUUACAUACACACAUGGCAGUUAGCAUGUCACCCUCUGCUGGAGGACAGUUACCAAGUCCCGGUGGCUCUCCUUGUCAAUCACCCCAAACUGCAUGAACUGGUCAGGGAUGUCAGCUUGUGACUUCUAGUCAAUCCCUUCCACCUCCCACCUCCAUCUCCACCCACCAUUCUCUUCCAGUGGGAUGAAACAAUGUAGAAUGUGCAAUGUCCCUUUGGUUUUGUUGCUUGGCAUGGGAAAAAUAAAAUUAAACAUGCACGGUCA